AUGCGACCCAGGAUGGCUGCUCUGACAUUGCUUUUGGUUACUUUUCUCUGCUGGAUGAGCCUCGGUAGUGUUAUUGCAAAUGAGAAGGUUUACUCAGAAAACAUCACUCGCAUUUUGGAUCGACUUUUGGAUGGCUAUGACAACAGACUGCGGCCUGGAUCUGGAGGUGGUUUAACAGAGGUGAAGACAGACAUCUUUGUCACCAGCUUCGGGCCUGUUUCAGAUGUUAGGAUGGAGUACACCAUGGACAUGUUCUUCCGCCAGAUGUGGGUUGAUGAGCGUUUGAAGUUCGAGGGCCCCACUGAGAUCCUGCGACUGAACAAUCGCAUGGUGGACAAGAUCUGGACUCCUGAUACUUUUUUCAGAAACUCCAAAAAGUCCAUUUCCCAUAACAUGACCACACCGAACAAGCUCUUCCGCAUCAUGCAGAAUGGGACAGUCCUCUACACAAUGAGACUGACAAUCAGCGCAGAGUGUCCGAUGAGUCUGGUCAACUUCCCCAUGGACGGCCACGCCUGUCCUCUAAGAUUUGGGAGCUAUGCCUACACGAGGAGUGAGAUCAUUUUCACCUGGAAGAAGGGGCCAGUACUAUCUGUCGAUUGUCCCAAAGAGUCCAUGAGUCUCCUGCAGUACGACCUUGUGGGACAGACUUUGUCCAGUGAGAUAUUCAAAUCAAAUACAGGUCACUACUCUGUGCAGGUGAUCCAUUUCCACCUCCAGAGGAAGCUCGGUUUCUACCUCAUUCAGACCUACAUCCCCCUCAUAAUGGUUGUUGUGUUGUCACAAGUCUCUUUUUGGAUUAACAAGGAGUCCGUCCCGGCACGUACAGUGGCUGGCAUCACCACAGUGCUGACCAUGACCACCUUGAGCAUCAGCGCCCGUCAGUCACUUCCCAAAGUGGCUUAUGCCACCGCCAUGGAUUGGUUCAUUGCUGUGUGCUUUGCCUUCGUGGCAUCAGCUCUGGUGGAGUUUGCGGCAGUAAACUACUUUGCCACGCUGCAGGCCAAUCGUCUGAUUAAACGAAAAACCAGACAAGACAAGCUGGAGGUGUUGGCGACCGGCAGCGACGAUGACGACACAGUUUCUUCGGACAGCAGCCCUCGGGAAGGCCUGAAGAAGAGAAACCACUCAGUGUGCCGCAGUGAGCCAGGAGAAGCUCCGCCAAUGCCCAUCUUUCUCCAGCAGGGCUCAGCUUUUCCUCAGAUCCCACAGUUGGCCGGCACCAGCCCCAUCGACAAGCACGCCCGUAUCCUCUUCCCCCUGACCUUCGCCCUCUUCAACCUCGUCUACUGGGUCAUGUACCUGGGCCAAGACAACAUGGAGAGUGCCAGCGACAUGGAUCUUAAAAACUGA